AUGGCCACCAAACUUCUUUUAACAUUUGCAAUCUGUCGUUUGAUUGUGACUGUGGGGUUAACUGUUGACCCAUCGGAGCUUCUCCGUCUGGGGGUUGAAGGUCAACUCAGCGUUGACCCAUCUGAUGUCGAGACGGCUUCGCUUGAUUUCGGCUUGCUAAGCCGGGUCGAGCCGAUGGCAGUCUUGCACCCGGGUUCCGCUGAUGACAUAGCUCAGCUUGUCCGAGCGGCUUACCUCUCUACUCCGGGUUUCACAGUCUCGGCUAGGGGUCAUGGGCAUUCCAUAAACGGUCAGGCGCAGACAAGUAAUGGGGUUGUGAUAGAAAUGAGUGGGGGCUCGAGAGGGAGUCAUGUUGGUUUGGGGAAGCUGGGUAGGCCACAAGUAGCCGUGAAGGAGAUGCACGUAGACGUGUGGGGAGGGGAGCUGUGGGUAGAUGUGUUAAGGAGUACAUUAGAGCAUGGGCUAGCACCAAAAUCAUGGACGGAUUAUUUGUAUCUUUCAGUAGGCGGUACCUUAUCAAAUGGUGGAAUUAGUGGGCAAGCGUUUAAUCAUGGACCUCAAAUCAGCAAUGUUUAUGAGCUUGACGUUGUCACAGGCAAAGGUGAGCUGUUGACAUGCUCGGAAGAAAACAAUUCGGAGCUGUUCCAUGCUGUUCUUGGUGGUCUAGGGCAAUUUGGAAUUAUCACUAGGGCUAGAAUUGCACUUGAACUAGCUCCUCAAAGGGUGAGGUGGAUCAGAGUACUGUACUCCAACUUUGCGACUUUUACCAGGGACCAGGAAAACCUCAUUUCCUUGCACAGAAACUCUUCUAGCCUAAAAUUCGAUUAUGUCGAGGGGUUUGUUAUUGUUGAUGAAGGCCUCAUUAACAAUUGGAGAUCCUCUUUCUUUUCCCCUCGUAAUCCUGUUAAGAUUAGCUCAAUUGGGGCUGAUGGGGGUGUCCUCUACUGCUUAGAAAUCACCAAAAAUUACGAUGAAUCCACUAGCGAUACCAUUGAUCAGGAAGUAGAGGCUUUGAUGAAAAAACUGAAUUUUAUACCAUCAUCCGUCUUCACCACAGAUCUGCCUUAUAUUGAUUUUUUGGAUCGUGUCCACAAGGCCGAGUUGAAGCUAAGAGCCAAGGGUCUGUGGGAGGUGCCUCACCCUUGGCUCAACCUAUUCGUUCCGAAAUCAAGAAUUGCCGACUUUGAUAAGGGUGUCUUCAAGGGCAUUUUAGGACAUAACAAGACAAGUGGGCCCAUUCUUAUUUACCCAAUGAACAAAAACAAGUGGGACCAAAGGAACUCAGUUGUGACACCAGAUGAGGAUGUGUUUUAUCUAGUUGCAUUGUUAAGAUCAGCAUUGGAUGAUGGCGAAGAGACUCAGUCCUUGGAGUACUUGACUCAGCAGAACCGUAAGAUCCUCAGAUUCUGCGAUGAUGCAGGGAUCAAGGUGAAACAGUAUUUACCUCACUACACUACACAAGAGGAAUGGAUGGACCACUUUGGAGAUAAUUGGGACCAAUUCAAUCAGAGGAAAAUGGAAUUUGAUCCCCGGCGUAUUUUAGCAACUGGCCAACGUAUAUUCAAUCCCUCAUUCACUUCUGCUGCUACUACGGUGUCUUCAUGGCGAUGA